AUGGCUUUUCAAAGAUCAAAGCUUCACUUCAUCUCGUUUCCCAUCUCUAGCAUCCAUAAUGACAGCAUCUGGUGGCUGGCGGGGCUGGCGCUGCCUCGGCUCCCCGCCCACUACCAGUUCCUGUGGGACCUGGGCGUGCGGCACCUGGUGUCCCUGACGGAGCGCGGGCCCCCUCACAGCGACAGCUGCCCCGGCCUCACCCUGCACCGGCUGCGCAUCCCAGACUUCUGCCCGCCGGCCCCCGACCAGAUCGACCGCUUCGUGCAGAUCGUGGACGAGGCCAACGCCCGGGGAGAGGCUGUGGGAGUGCACUGUGCCCUGGGAUUUGGCCGCACUGGCACCAUGCUGGCCUGUUAUCUGGUUAAGGAGCGGGGCUUGGCCGCAGGAGAUGCCAUCGCUGAAAUCCGGCGCCUUCGACCCGGCUCCAUUGAGACCUAUGAGCAGGAGAAAGCAGUCUUCCAGUUCUACCAGCGAACCAAAUAAGGAUCCUCAGUCCCUUCUGCCAGGUCCCCACUCCUCUGCCCCUUGUGGUAGAUGGGACCAGAGAUGAAGGGACUGUGAACUAAAGCAUUAACCCUCCAGCUCCCGUUGGCUCAAGACACUGAAGUAACCCACCACUGCAGGCAGGUCCUGACUGAAGAGCUGGCUGGGACCCCAUUGAAGGUGGGAGAGAGGGGUAGCUCUGUACUGUGUCCUUGAAUAAAUGACUUACAAGAACCAG